GUCCUCCUCCUCUCCCGCAGUUCACUUCUCAUCUGUUGUGAUAGAGCUUAACACGAGAGCCCGUCACUCUAUCCUCCCUCCGCGUGGAAACCACAGCAGCCUCAGGAUACAGCCCAACACCCUGAACCAGGGUUCAGUUUAGCAGUGUGUCUGGGUGGUUUGUAGCAUUUUACCUGACAGGAUCAAGUGGACAUUUUGAUUGAGGAGCGCCUUAUUUUUCUUCAGUGUUGACUGGAAUCAUUUACACACCCGGGUGUCUGAUUCAACUGGACCCUCUGGGCUCUUCUCUGCUGUUUUUAUAACUGGAAGAAGGCAACUCUAUUGAGGAACUUAACGUGGACACUGAGGUGCUUUAUUUUUCUUUGGUUUACCAGUUAGAUCUUGAGGAGGCAAGCAAGAUGGACUUCACUUACCUUUGGCUCCUCGCCACCACUCUGAUGUUGAUCCACCAGAAUCAAGCCUCAUCCAUCUCUGUUACGGGCCCUGCAGCAGAGGAGGGCCCCCUGGUGCAGCUCACCCACACAGCACACCGGCGAGAGAAGCGCUGCUCCUGCGAGAACCAGAAAGACAAAGAGUGUAUUUUCUUCUGUCACAUCGGCAUCGUCUGGGUGAACACUCCGAGCCACGUGGUUCCUUAUGGAUUUGGUUCGGUGCGUCUCAGGAGGGAGCUCAGUCGCUGCCGCUGCACAGAUCCACAGGACGCCGAGUGUCUGAGUUUCUGCUCUGUCCAAACGCAACCACAAGGUGAAAACGCUCUCAUGAAGAGGAAGACUGACAAACGGCUGAAGAGGUACAGAGAUGCAUUCUGGGAAAAAAGGAGCAGACACGCACUCAGACAUCAGACCUGAGAGAGAGGAGACAACUGUAACACCAGCUCUUCUGAAAGGAAGUCCUAAUGUAUCAGAAAUAUCAAAUAAUGGACCCUUUUGAUCGUCUGGCUGCCUGACGGCACUUCAGACGUGUACAGUGUUUGUUUGUGUAAAUGUAAUGAUGGUGAAGUGUACGAAUAUGUGUGCCGACCACUGACAAGCUCAUCCUUUUAGCAUUUGGCUGAUGUCUUUAUUUAAAGCAGCCCAAGCAGCACUUCACUGUCCAGCUCAGAGUUGAAGGAGUUGAACCUGUGACACUUUGCUGUUAGAAGCUGUGGGACAGAAAACACAGUCAAACACCAGAGUUCUCAGCUGAAAACCUCACAACUCCAAAAUCACCAAAACUUCAGCAUUUGUCCAAAUUAGUUUCAAAGAGUUCUAAGAGCAAAACACCAACCACACAGACAAAAAAAAAAUCUGCAGAGUCAAAGAUUUGUUUUAUGAAGCCAAUUACAGCAAAACAGUUACACAAAAAAAUUACAUAAUGAUGCAUUAUUCUGCAAGGCUACAGACCACUAGUAGAUGAUAAACACAUUUCAGAAGAAGAAGUCACAACAUUCUGUGGAAAAGUUUUCAUUUCAUGAAGUGAACCAUAUGAGGAAAUUGUAAUUGUACCAAACAAAGUUAUUAUAUGAAUAGAUAGUGGUGAUGUUACGAGAUAGAAUAAACUUUUUUAUUGAAGACUUUUGUUGGAAAAGACAAAAUAUUUUCUGAUUUUAUGAGAAAAAAAUGACGUGAAAUGUUCCGCUUAGAUUAGUUAGUUUGGACUGUAUGUGGAUGUAAACAGUUAUGUUAGUUUAUUUAGAUUUGUAAAAUUAGAAUUUUUAUUGAAAUUACUCUUAAUGUUUCUUAAAAUCCUGAUCUUUUUUGUAAAAUUGCAACUUUUUCUGAAAUAUUACAAUCUUUUAUUACUUUUGCAACUUAAGCUGAAAAUAUUACUUUUUCUUGUAAUUUUGCACCAUCUCGGCCAAAUUAUGACUUAAUCUUGAAAUGUAAUGAUUUUUUUGGUACAUUUCCUACUUUUUUCACGUGAGCGCAUUGUUAUCUUAUAAUAGAUUUACUUUUCCCAUAAAACACUUCAACUUCCCCUUAGGCUUAACUCUCCAAAUAUGAAUACGUCCAUAUUUAAAUUUCUGAUUUUACUCUUCAACUACAUCACAUUAUCUUGAAAUGUUAGGACUUUUGCUUGUAAAAUCUAGAUUUAUUCAUGAAAUAAUGCAACUUUUUCAAACAGUUUGUCAUUUUUCAUUAUAUAUUUCAGUCUUAUCCUGUAGUAUUAUGAGAUGUUUCUUAAAACAGAACUUUCUCUUCAAACUUUUACAAGUUUAUUCCAGAAAUUAGUAUUUUUGUCAAUCGGUGGCCUGUGUUCUUCUAGGUGGGACUCCGAUAAAUAAUAAGCUGUUUUGAACAUUGUGACAAGUAUAAUGUGAAUCAAGUGCUGUAUUGUAUUGAAAGGCUGCUGUUCGUACUGCUGUUAGCUUAGCUGUUAGCAUCCAGAACUAUCAGCGUACUUUAUUAUUUUUACUCGAAUAGAAAAUGAUACAAAACAUGUAAAAUUGAAAUGUUGCUGUAAAGGGCAAAAAUUUACUCUCUGCUUGCUGACUGCUUUCUGCAUAAUUGUGUUGCUUUUCUCAAUUGAACACACUGCAAACUAAAAACCUGAGUCAGUAUGUAGUUUGGAGUUUGGAUUCAGUGUUUGACAUCACCUCAAAAAGCUGUUGGCUUUGAAAGUGUUUGUGAAGGAUAAAAUUGAGCAUAAAUCUGGAACCGUUGGCCGGAUGUCAAUUACUGAAUUGGAGUUGUGAGGUUUUCACACGAUGUCAGAGCUUUACAAAUCACUGUCUGAAUGUGAAUAAUAAUAUAGUAUAUAUAUUAUAUAUAUCAACCAUGUCGCUGUCUGUCUUUAUUUAUAUCUGUUAGCACCUUUUACUUAAUCCUCCAACGAGUCAAAGCAUCCCUGAAAUGAAACGAUACAAAGAGAUGUGGGACUGUAAAACAGAAAUAUUUAUUUUAUGUAUAAUCCUCUUCUACAAAUAUGAAGUAUAAUCAUUUCAACAGAACAGUACCAGGAACUACCAUCAUAACUGUCACCAUCUCCUCAGCAGUUAACAACUGUAGAGUCAUUCAAAGAUUUGACCCCUAGACUCCAAAAACAUCCUUAAUGUACUAAAUGAAUGGUUGAAAAUUUUGUGGAAUAUGUUUUUUUGGUUUCCUUGAGUAAAAUGUCAAGAUGGACUGACUGUUUUCAGAAACAUCUCGUUUGGCUAAACUUAACGCAAAAUGUUUCAGUUUAAUUUGACAGAAACAAAUUGCUACACCGUGUCCCAAAAGUUUGUUCUCCCCAGAAAAACCAAGCUCAAAGGCUGAAUAUGCAAAAUAAUCAGUUCAUUCAAUAACCAGUGUUUCCCCCUUUCACUUUGAUCCCAGCUUUCAGUCUUUCAGGCAUGGAAUGUACAAGGUUCUUGGAUGGUUCUGUCUUCCUCCUCUCCCUCACAGCCCUAAAGUUGAGCUGUUUCAUGCUGGUUGGUAGUGGAUUGGUAAAGAUGCAACUCCUCAGGAUUUCCCAACAGUUCUCGAUUGGGUUGAGGUUAGGGGAGUUUUUUGCCAUUACUCCUUAAAGAGAAAGCCAGGUAGAUACUCAAAACACCAUUGCUGAGCCAUAUGGGUAAUGUGAGCAGGAGCUCCAUCUUGCAUAAAUAUCAUUUCCAAAGGGCUCCUUUUAAACUAAAAGAGCUCCCUCUAAGGGAAGAAGACCUGCUUCCUCCCUCUGAGGGAGGGAGCAGGUCUUCUUCCACUGAGCCCACCAUGUUGCUCCACCAUAUUUCUACAAAACACUGACUAUAGGAAAGCACCGUUAAUGUCUCCACUGGCAUCCAAAGAUUCUUCUACGCACUCGGAAGGGAAGCAUGAGGCGAGAAGUAAUCCGUCAGUUGUGGUCAGCAACCUCACUGAGCCUAUGUCCAUACUAAUAUGUUUUAAUUUUUUAAAAAAAAUACCUGCUAGAGAUAAUUCCUGAGCAUGCUAGUAUGUCUGGAAAUACAAAUCACAUAAUCUUUACAAAGGUGCACAAGGUUAAUUACUUAGUUGUAGAAAGAAAGUGCAACAGAGGAAGAACAGCAAUGUCGAAAACUACAACCAGAGAUUUCCUGGACCCUGCUCUCCAAACCUUCUCAUGCUCAAACGUUUCAGUGAAGCAAUAAAACAUUCAAAGAGUUUCCCUCCAGACUGAACCAGUAAAACAUACACGGGAGUGUUUCUCCCCCAGCUGAGAUAAACAAUGACUGAUGUCACAUAAUUAAAAACCCAUUACAUUGAUUUUAUCUCCCCCCAAGUGCAGCAACUACCUUCUCUCAGCUUGAUGGAAUUGCAACAUGUAAUAUUUCAUCCUGUUAUUAAUAAAACCCAGCGUUUUAUUGCC